AUGAUGUACCACAUGCUGCAAGUCAGGAAGACUGCUGUAUCAGUAGACGUGAACUCCAUCAUAGACUAUGCUGAUCUGCUGUACAAUGAAGACGAGGGAGGUGAACUCUUUGAAGCUGUAACAGAAUAUGAAACAUAUCCUAAAGGUUCAAAGAAUGCAAAAGAGGUUUGUGUAUGUAUACUCGACAGUUUCAUAAGACCAUACAGAAGACUCAGUCGUUCAGAACGCAGACAAACGCUUGUCGACUCUAUCAACUACGCCUUAAAGAUUAGAUUCCCUUUACGGACUAAAAUUCUUGGUGAACUUCUAAAUAUUGAACUACAAACAACCACAAAGAAACCAAAAUCACAAUAUAUCAAAGAAUUACACAAACGAAACAAAUACAAAAGAAAAAUAAAGAAUAAGAAGAAAAAAGAAGUUGAUGACAUCAUAAAACGUUUCUCUUCUCGACUUAAUAUUGAAUCAUUUAAAAGAACGUCAAAAUAG